GCACGGUAACACUGCAAGUCAGAACUCGAGUGAUUUUCGUCGCGUCGCGAAUCGAAAAAAGAUAUAUCUAAUAAAUCUCGCGAAGCACAAUAAACAUUUUCCCAUCCUUGGGGGCAAAAGUGACAGUGCUGUUGUAGUUGUAGUAGUUUGGGGCACAAGCAGUGGGGGGUGGUACCAAAACAAACAAAAAAAAAAGAAAAGUAAAGGAACCCAAUUGGAAACGGCAACUGCGCGUCCUUAAAAACUAUGACAAAAGAAAAACAACAAAGCGAAAACAAACUGUGAGGCAAUUUCCCGAAUUACAAAUAUUUAUGUAAUGCAAUAGGAGAACCAUUGCCACAUUGAAGCCACAGCAACUUGGACAGUAUUUAGCAGACUUUUUACCUUUUAUAUUUCCGCAACAGUAUAUGCUUACGCUUAGCACAACUUAGUGGGUCAAAGUUUGCACUCAUAUUCAGCCCCUUAAUAAUAGGCUUCCAAUCGUAGCCCUCGAAUGGAUACUCUUUGAAUUAAUAUAGGAUGCUGCCCAGCCUGGACACCUUAAUGCGUUGCUCGAAGCGAGUUCUGCAAUCGCCGCUGGAGGCGGCUGCCAGCCAAAUGCGGAAUGGGCGCAGCAAGUCGGCUGCCGGGGGCAUCUAUGGCCCCUUCACGCCCGACAACGAUCUCAGCUGCUCGGGACGAGGUGAUUGCGUCAACAACACCUGUGUCUGUGACAUUCGGUAUGCGGGCAAUGAGUGCGACAUCUUCAAUCUGCCCUACUAUGUCGGCAUCUCCACCGUAUUCUAUGCGGUGGCCCUCGUCUCGGUCAUCCAGCUGCUCAUCUGCAUCGUGGCCGAGUACCAGCGUCUCAAGCAGCCCUCCAUCCUUCGAGCCUGUCGCAUCACCACCCAGAAACUGCUCUACUUCAUGGUCUUUGUGGCGGCCUCCUUGCGAGGUGCCUACUUCACCACUCCCUUGGAUCUGCAGCCACAAUGGGCCGUGACCCUGAUGUCCGCCUACUACCCAUUGCUCAUGACCUGUGCAUCGCUGAUUGUGUGCAUGUGGGCCGAGAUCUUUCACCUGCGCGACAUCCGUUGGGAGAAGUCGCAGUUCCUGUCGAAGAGCUUCCUGGGCUUCGUGGCCUUUAACUUCUUCCUGUACAGCCUCUUUGGCAUCGAGGUCUUUAAUUCGCUGAUCAAUUCGGAGCGUCGCGAUUACGCCCACAUCUUCAACGGAUGCUAUGCAGUAUUACUCCUGAUCGUGGUGGUCUUUUUCCUCAUCUACGGCGUGGAGGUGUUCUUCAAGCUGCGCGGCGGCUUCGUUUACGAUCAGACGGGCAAGAUCCUGGGUCCCAGCGAGGCGAUUGUGAAUGCCUCGCAGUUGCAUCAGUCGCGAUUCGGACUGCUCAGUCAGGCCGUAAUGCUCAUCGUGAUUGUGGGCUUUCUCACCUCCGAAACUUUAGGCGACUUCUGGAAGGCCAAGGUACCUGUUAACUCGCGCAACUGGCAUGACAUCAUUUUCCGUAUUGCCGAGAUCGGAGUUGCCCUGUGGUUUCCCUGCUGCCUCUGGAAUUCGAUGGCUCCCGAACAGCUCUGGAUUUUGAAUCCUCGCAAGCUUCUGUCGCGCCAAAUUGAUCCAUCGAUACCCACGUUAAAUGCCGACACCAACAAGUUGUCGCCCGAGGAGGGCCAGUCGUUUCUGAACAAGAAGGAUUGCUGGAUUUGCUACGACACCGACAAGCCGGAGCCCCUCAUCCAGCCAUGUCGCUGCACUGGCGAUGUGAGCUCGGUGCAUCACGAGUGCCUCAAGCGCUGGCUGGUCGAGAGCUGCAGCAAUUCGGAGGCCCAGUUGUCCUGCAAGGUCUGCGGACAUCCCUACGAGAUCGAGAAGUCCAAGAAACUCGAAUGGGAGAAGGGCUUUACCAUCCAGCAUUGGUCCAAAACGGUCAUUUUGAUCACCCUGAUGUGCGUGACUGGGGCGACAGCCUGGGUGGUCAUCCAGAUGUACCUUGAUCCCCUAGUGCGAGUUAUGACCGUUGGCAUCGCCGUCCUCAUUGGCUACGUGUGCGUCAAGUGCCUGGGCGAGAACACCGUGGUGGCUUAUCAGAGGGCCAAGGUCAGCUCGAUCAACAUCGUUACCAGUUCGGAAAUGGAGAAGCUGCACACCAUUUGCGAGGAGGUCAGCGCCAGCACCUCGGCAGCAGCUGCCCGGACGGGAGCGGCCUCCUAAGAUGCUAAGAGGAGGGAAAUUCGCUCCAGGAAACACACAUCACACCCAACACACACAUCAGCUGAUCUUUCAGACAUUACAACUUACUUACCUAGUUUAGCAUGCGUUUUGCACAGGUUUUGCUCAAUGCUCAAUUAUUAGUUUACACACAUCACACAUGGGGCGGGUUCUAGAACCUGCCUUCCUAUCCUCAACUGUGUACAUAGGUUUAACACUCUAGUGAGUAGCGAAAAACGUUUCGAUUAGCGAGUCAAUUUUGUCUCUCAAAUUAUCAUGCAGAUUUCCAAAAGCGAAUUGUAUUAAAAGAAGCCAAAUAUUAUGUAGUAUAAGUGUAGGUCACUCAGUAUCAAUUGCAAAGCCGAAACAGAAACGAGAACACCCUGAGAUUAUGAUAAUGAACGCGUUGCCAAGUAGCCUGAAGAGCGGGGAAGCUAAAGAGAUAAAGCUUCGAUGCGCCAGUGAGUCAGCCCAUGCUGAUCUAUAGUUUAUAGUUCUACUUUAUUUUGUUUACAACUAAUUUAUGAAAGCAUUUUUUGAUUUCCUCCAUUUCAUUUUCGGUUUCAUCGAUGGAUGCAAACAAAAAUCAAGCGAAACACGAGUACUUGGCGAAUAUUAAAUUAAGCAAAUAAGUUUUUACUUUGUAUUCAAUUGGAAUAAGUUUCUUAUUAAAUCUUAAGUUACGCCCUUAAGAAGUCUAUUUAUAAAAUAAGUUACUCCCCCAUAUACAUACACACGUACAUAUAUAAUAUAUAUAUAUAUAUAUUUAAAUUUUAUUGUAGUUGCUACACAAAAAUUUGUCAAAGCAAAGAAAAACAAAACAAGAACCACAAAAGAAGGAAAAAUCCAACAUAUAAUUUAAGUUACCAUACAAUUUUUGUGAUAAAAACAAA